AUGCACAAGGGAAAAAUCGCCUUACUCCUUUUAGCCACUGGCUGCACCUGCAUAGCAAAUGAGUAUACCAACACCUCUUUGCUCUCGGGUAAUUUGGAAAAUGACAUCCUCCGACAAACCGCCGAGAACGAGGCCCGGCUCGCAGAAAAGACCAUCCACGGCGUAAGGAAAAUGAGUCCCGACGAAGGAGAGAAGUUUUUUCUAGAUUAUUGGACCUUUCUUGAUGAUUCGCAAGGCUUGUUAUCAGAUCGCAGUAUUGUGGAUCAUGAUAGCGCAAACGCAAAUGCCGACGACCAAGCUUCAGACGAAGAUACUUCGAAUGAUUAUCUGACAUAUCUCUUUCAUCAGAGACCCUCCCCUUUCAACCCUUCAUUUCCCUGGGAAGGAAAUCAUGGAAGCCUUCUUGAGGCUAGGGACUUCAAAUGUCCGACUGGAACAUAUGCGUGCUCGUCAAUCGGCCGGUCGGAUAGAUGCUGCAGCACUGGUGAUACCUGCGAGAAUGUGAAGGACACUGGAUCUGGAGACGUGGGAUGUUGUCCCAAUGGGAAGAAGUGUUCUGACACGGUCGGAUUGUGUCCAAAUCCCUGGACAACUUGUUCCGAAGCCUUGGGUGGAGGUUGUUGUAUUCCGGGUUAUCAAUGUGUUCCUGGCGGCUGUGCUUUUGUCUCCGUCAUAACCGUGACGAUAGGCACCACAACCACACUUUCAACAAAGACAUAUUCAACAGUUCCUCAGACUAUUCCCAAGUCGUCAGUGUCAUCGGUAUCGUCAGUGUCGUCGCAAUCCACAUCCGACACUGCGACUACAGGCAAUCUUGUACCACCAGCACGGCCUACAGGCCUAUCCACCUCUACACAUACAGCCACAAGCCGCGUUUCGAUUUGUCCUACGGGGUUCUAUGCAUGCUCCGCUGUCUAUCACGGCGGUUGUUGCCAAACAGGACGGGAUUGCGAUACAACCUCGUGUCCUACGACACGAUCCACAACAUUCACAUCAGAUGGAGUGACGAUCGUUGAACCCGUCACAACUGGAAGCGGAGAUUCUGGGGACACCGGCAAGUGUGCUACUGGGUGGUUUAGCUGUGCUGAUACUGUUGGGGGCGGGUGUUGUCCCUCGGGAUUUAUUUGUGGACAAAGCUGUACGGCGGGUUCUUCUAAAACCACGAUUGGAAAAGAGCAGGCGACGGCGAAAAGUGGUGGGAACAAGAUAGAGGGUAUGUGGAAUUUUAUGCUCGGUAUGAUAUUUAUGGGAGUGUGGUGGGCUGUUUUAUGUUAA